AAUGACGAAGUUAAUGUCCCGAUUAUUGGUUCUUCUUUUUAUGGAACAGUCUCUCUGUGAUCUGAAGAACAUCGCUCGUGAAGGUACUGCAGAGCAAAUCGAUAGCUACCAAGUUUGGUCUACCAAGUUCUUAGCUUCAAGAGCAAUUGAUGGAAUCUCAAAUGGACUAGACGCGCCAGCUUGGGACUUCAGUAGAACGGCCACAGCAGGAAAAGCUGCGUGGUGGCUUCUUACACUUCCAAGAAUCAUCGUUAUUCGUGAAAUUAAGGUAUACAACAGAGUGAAACCGGAAUAUGCCCAUAAAAUCGAAGGAGUGACGGUUUGGGUUGGUGUCGGUAUGACCGGAGGAGACUACGAGGAAGCGGUUAAAGUCGGCACUAUUCAAUACGUGGCAGGAACAAAUAUCUAUAUACUCGCCAAUCUGGAAGAAGAAGGAUCGAGCGUUCAGAUUCAGGGAGGCAGCGAAGUUCUACAACUUGCAGAGGUUAAAGUCUAUCGAGAAAUAGACGUUUGUCCUGUAGGAUACUCCCUAGAAGUGGGGGAUAUUAAAGGCUGGGGCACAGCAGAACUGGGAAGUAUGUUGGUGAUCGGUUUGAGAGAGGAAUGUGCUAACAGAUGUGACGCUCUGCCUCUCUGUCUCUCUUUUGAACAUAGCAACACUGCAAAACUCUGUAAUCUCAACAAAAUAGCGAUGCCUAGUAAAUCCCAAAAUUACGAAGACUACGCUUUUUGCAGAAAAACCACCGAGUGUACUCCUGGGAAUUAUAUGGAUUCUGAAACAGAACAAUGCAAAGAAUGUCCGCCAGGAACUUUCAACGCAAAAAUGGGACGAAAAGCUGAGUGUUCUGAAUGCGAAGCAGGGAAAUUCAGUGCUGCUGGUUCCUCAUCUUGCUCUAAAAUAGGUAGGGAUAGCAAGAACUUAGUGAAUGAAAUUAGGUACAAAUCAACUAACUGA